UUGGUCUCUCUCUCUCUCUCUUUUCAUGCUUUAAUUUAUUGUAAUUGAUAAAUUUCACUGUAGAUAUGUUGAUGGAUUGUGAGUAGUUUCUUAUUUGGGUCUAGGGCUUGAAGGCCUAGCAAUUUUUACCAUAUAAUGACAUUAAUUUUUGGUGCUUAAGGAAAGUGUGUUGUGGUUUUCGAUGAGACUUUGUUAUAAAAAUUAGCCAAUUUUAUGAUUGAUUCUUGUCUUCAUCAUGAAAUUCAUUUAAUUAGUGGCUUAAUUUUAUGAGUGAGCAUGUUGUCAUAAGCAAAAUGUUAAUCUCUACAAAUUGAACAUAAUGUCAUUAUAUGCAUGUUAGGAGCCCUAGUUCGGUCGUAAUGUGUGUGUGAUGAAAUGUGAAUGCCCUAGCCCGGAUUUACAUUAUUUUUGUACUUUGAGAAUGCAAAUGCCCUAGUCCGCAUUUGCAUUAUCAUUCUAAGGCCCUAGUCCAACUUAGAGUUAGAGAUUGUGACCAUUUCCCUUUUGUUAUGUGCCAAAAUUGUAUUGUCAUGGUAAAUGAUUGCUAGCAUGGACGCCUUAGUGCCCAAUUUCUUCCAUAGUUUUGCAAACAUUUAAAUUCUAGCACUUUACUUUUUGCAAAUUUUAAUUUCAUAGUUUUUAAUUUACAAAACUAAAAAUUGAUUCCUCCAAAUAUUUGCUCACAUUUUUCAUUGUAAGUACCAUAAGUUUUUGAGCCUACCAAUUUAUUUUGGUGUGUUCUUGGCUAAUUUCAGGCUUCGGGAAACCUAAGCCAUUUUCCAAUUUUAUUUUUAGUUUAUUGAGUGAUUUUUGUGACCCAUAAACUAUUGGAUUGGAGUUAACUCAAGAUCCCCAAGAUACGAUAUUUUCGCGUUUAAAUAUUUCUCAAUUCUUUGAUGACCGUGUCCUUGUUGCGCGUAAGUUGCACUUGAGCACUAAAUCAGAGGGUCAAUAAAAGUUUUGGUGAGAUCUCCAACAACCUCUCCAAUGACCUUUGAGAACUCCAGCAACCUCUCUGGUGACCUCCGACAACCAUCGACCUCUCCAACAAGAUCUGUGGCAAACUUCAGCAAGGUCUCCAAUGACCUCUCUCUCUUUCUCUCUCCCUCUCUCGUUCUAUGUGACAAAAGGGGAGAGGGUAAAAUAGUUAAAAAAUGAACAGAAAAAGACCAUUAGAGAACAAAACCUAACUUAGAGUUAUCAGAAAAUUUAGAAGACUGAUUAGUUGUUGAGAAAUAAUUUUUCUAAAAUUAAACUAAUUGACCAUUUCUGUGAAAUCAAUUUAAGUAAGACAAAUAUGACAAUACCAUAGCUAUACCUAUACAAAUUUUUUUCUUCUUUUUAAAAUAAAUCAUAUAGAUUUUUGCUGGUUCCAAAAGCUAACUAUUAUAUAUUAAACCUAUUAACUUUCAAUAAACGCAGAUUUAUCUCUAUCUUAUAUGAGUUGUUCUCUAUUGAAAUUUCAAUCUUUGUUAUUUGUGGAUAGAAAAUGGUCAACAGGCCCAAAGUUUUGUUGCAACGCUUUCGCAUUAAGAACCGCUUUUGAGUUUCUCCAAUUCCUUAUGACAUCCAUGAUAUUUACUAUUGUUCUGAAAUCAUUACACGUGUCCAAAAUUGUAAAAGAGGCUAGCUUACAUUCUUAAUUAUGUUUGCUUGAUGUUGUCCUGCUAUAAAAACAUGUUGAAGUUCUUGGAUGAGAGCACUGCCCUUUAUAGACUCUAGUAGCACCAUACAUAUAGUAAUAGCAUGGCUCUUCGAUGGUUUAUCCUUCUCAGCCUCAUUAGCAGUAUUUUACUUCUUGUUCAUGUUACUCACUCAGCUGCUCAGGAUGCCCGAAAGGCUUAUAUUGUGUAUAUGGGCGACAAGCCAAAGAACGGGGUGCCAGUAACACCUGAUCUUCAUGUGAAUAUUCUAAGAGACAUAGUUGACAACAACAUUAAUAAUGAUAUUGCACAUGAAGCUCUGCUUCUUCACAGCUACAAGAGAAGUUUCCAUGGAUUUGCUGCAAUGCUCACAAAACAAGAAGCACAAAAACUGGCUGGAAUGGAUGGUGUAGUGUCUGUCUUCCCAAGCAAACAAAUGAGUGUCAAAACAACAAAGUCAUGGAACUUCCUUGAGUUUCCAGAAACAGUUAAAAGAAGCAACCUUGAAAAAGAUAUCAUUAUCGGUGUGAUCGACACUGGAAUUUGGCCAGAAUCGCACAGCUUUAGUGAUGUUGGUUUUGGUCCUCCACCCAAGAAAUGGAAAGGCAUAUGUCAAGGCAAUAACAACUUUACUUGUAACAAUAAAAUUAUCGGAGCACGAUAUUACCGUCAUUUGGGAUCCUUUGAAGAAGAAGUUGAGUCUCCAAGAGACUCUGAAGGUCAUGGAACCCAUUGCGCAUCAAUAGCAGUUGGGAACAUAGUGAGAAAUAUAAGCAUAAAAGGUUUAGGGUUUGGAAACGCAAGAGGAGGGGUGCCAUCAGCACAUAUUGCGGUGUACAAAGCAUGCUGGAAGAACGGUUGUUCAGAUGCUGACAUUCUAGCAGCAUUUGAUGAUGCCAUUGCUGACGGUGUCGAUAUAAUCUCGGCUUCCAUUGCAAGCAAAGUUCCAAAUGAUUAUUUUCGAAGCGGAGUUGCAAUUGGGGCAUUUCACGCUACCAGAAAGGGGAUACUAGUUUCAACUUGCAGUGGUAACGAAGGUCCGAAAAAAAGAACUGUGAUAAACUUUGCACCGUGGAUGCUUUCUGUGGCUGCUACCACCAUAAACCGUCAGUUCAUCACCAAGGUUCAAUUGGGUAAUGGAAAAGUCUAUGAGGGACUAUUACCAAACAUACAUGACCUCCAGGGUAAAUUCUAUCCUUUAAUAUAUGGUGGAGACGCACCUAAUACAACAGAAGGUGGUAACGCGACUAUGUCAAGGUUCUGUUCCACAAAUAGCUUAAAAGAUGAUUCGAUCAGAGGUAAAAUUGUGCUUUGCGAUAGAGGCCCAGAUGCCAGUGGGGAUGGGUAUGGGGCCAUAGAGGGUGAUGCAACUGGAGUUAUUCUGACGGGCGUAAAAGUUGUCGAGGAGCUGGUUGGCCCUUUUCCCCUGCCUGCAACUCACGUCGGAUUGGAAGAAAACAGCAAAAUUUACAAAUACAUAAGCGAAACAAGGAACCCAAUUGCAACUAUUUUCAAAAGUGAAGAAAUUAAUGAUGUAUUGGCUCCAUACGUGCCCUCCUACUCGUCAAGGGGUCCAAAUCCAAUGAAUCCUAACAUUCUCAAGCCAGAUUUAGCAGCUCCAGGUACUCACAUUCUAGCAGCAUAUGAUCACCAACAAUCAGUUGGUGAUAGCAGAACUGAAUAUAAUUUGGAUAGUGGGACAUCAAUGGCGUGCCCUCAUGCUGCAGGCGCAGCUGCAUACGUCAAAUCAUUUCACUCUAAAUGGUCACCGGCUGCUAUUCAAUCAGCUCUCAUCACUACAGCUAAACCUAUGAGUGCCAAAACUAGCCCGCACGCUGAAUUCGCAUAUGGAGCUGGCCUACUAAACCCUUCUAGGGCUCCAUAUCCUGGUUUGGUAUACGAUCUUGAUGAACAAGACUACUUAUAUUUUUUGUGUUCACAAGGAUACAGUGGUAAACUAUUGGAAAUCAUAACCGGGGACAAGAGUAGCUGCUCAUCAAAAUCUAAUAAUGAAAUAGCCAAUGACCUGAACUAUCCUUCUUUUGCUCUUUCAAUCAAGGAUCCAGAAUUCAUCAAUGGGAUCUUCCAUAGGACUGUCACUAAUGUUGGAUCGUCAAAUUCCACAUACAGAGCUAAAGUGGUGACUCCAUCAGGACUCGAAAUCAAUGUGAAUCCAAAUGUGUUAUCAUUCACAUCUCUCGGCCAGAAGAAACCUUUUGUCGUUACAGUAAAAGGGUCAAUUGAGAAAUCAAAUAUAGUUUCUACAUCUUUGGUGUGGGAUAAUGGUGAUUUCCAAGUCAGGAGCCCGAUUGUUGUCUAUGUUACAGUUUAAUCAAGAGGCUAGGGUUGUGAGAAUUGAAAUGUAAACGAAAGCAAAUGCUAAAUUUGGAGAGUGCUUCAAGUCUAUAUUUGUCAAUUUACAUGUAUAUGUAGUGUUAAUUAGAUAAAAACAUUUUUGACUAUC